AUGGGAAUCUCGAGUUUGAUCGGAUCGUCGAGCGGGCGUCUGAUGAAGCGCCCAUCGCUGCGCAGUCUCUCCUCUUCCGUUGCCCCGCCUUCCCCGCCUGACCACCAACAACACGACGACGCCUGCUCUCAUCCCCUAGGCCGUUCUGGUUCCCGUUCCCGUUCUCAUUCCCACAGCAAUCACCACAUCACCGACGCCGACGACCUUCCUCCCCUCGACCCCGACCCACCGGACCUGCGCGAACUAAACAACUGUCUCGACGCCCUCGCCGCAAUCUUCCCCGAUGUUCAGGUCGAGGUCUUCCGCGAGAUGCUCGCGUCCUUCGACGGCGAGUCGCGCCUGGCGCUGGCUGCCGACUCCCUACUGAAGAACCGCGCGCACUGGGUAAAGGGGCGCUGGAGGGUUCCUGAUAAAGAUACGAGGGAGAAGGAUAAGGAUAAUAACGAAGAAAGAGGGGUGUUGGUGCCGAGGAAAGAGACGUUUCGCACGCCGGGGUACAAGAAGGCUGCUAGGGACCUGCUCUGCCGCGAGUUCAAGGGUUUGUCGAAGUCGACUAUUGAUGCUGUCCUAGCGGAGUAUAAUUACUCGUAUAUGGAUGCGCGACCGACGCUGGCCCAGUUGGCGACGAAGUCCUGGCGCGCAACCAUCUCGUCGCUGUUCACGCGGCGCAAGCCUGAGACCGGCAUCAAUCUGGCGAAACACCCGCUCGUGGUCUGGAAGUCUCCUGCCGUGCAAGGCGCGCCUGCGAUUCCUGCACUUAAGUCGUCUGGCAACGCGGAGCUCGACCGCGAGCUGUACUACGCCUUGAUUCAUCCACACCUGGAGAAGAUACGGUCGGAGACCGAAGCUGCUGAUCGCGCGCUGGCAGCUGAACUUAACGCCGCUGAGGCAGCCGCCGCAGACAACCUCGUCGAGUGUGCAUGCUGCUUCGCGGAGAGACCUUUCGAGGAGUUUACCGCCUGUACGGCGCAAGGACACACCCUCUGCUUCGAAUGCGUCGGAGCGACCCUCAAGGAGGCUGUCUUCGGCCAGGGCUGGGCAGCCAACGUGCUGCCCGAGACAGGUUCGCUGAAAUGCUUUGCUGAAGCAGACUGCAUGGGGCGCAUCACUGCUGAGCAAAUGCAUCGCGCAAUGAUGGGCCACGAGAACGGCGCUACCAUUCUUCACCAGCUCGAGGUGAGGUUGGCUAAGCACAACCUCCUCGAGUCUAAUCUCCCCCUAAUCCAUUGUCCCUUUUGCGAAUACGUCGAGGUGGACGACGUCUACGUCCCGGGCGUGCACGAUCGUCCGCGACAGCAACAGCAACAGCAACAGCAAAGGCCUCAACAGCAACAGUCUCUCCCUGUGCUACGGCAAACCCUCACCCACUCGACAACCCUACUCCGCCUUCUACCUGCUCUCCUCCUCCUCUUCCUCCUCCUGACCCUCUUUUCCUUCCCCCGAAGCCUCUUCCUCUCCCUCCUCCUCACCGUCGCCCAUCCCGUCGUCUUUCGCAUCGCUUAUCUGGCUUUCUUUUCUACCAACACCCCGUUCUCCGCACAAUUCCAAUACCUAUUCCUCCUCUGGCAACGCAUCGAAUCCGAACUCGCUGCCGCCCUGCAACGCGUCCGUCGCCGCCGCCGAGGUCUGCGCUUCCAGUGCCUCAAUCCAGCCUGUCGGCGUGCGUCCUGUUUGGCGUGUCACAAGGUCUGGAUCGAUGUGCAUAUGUGUCAUGAGAGCGCGAUUACUGCGCUCAGAACGCAAAUCGAGAUGGCCAUGAGCUUGGCUGUGAAACGCGUCUGCCCGAGGUGCAAUACCGCGUUUGUAAAAGAACACGGGUGUAAUAAGUUGACGUGUCCGUGUGGGUAUGUCAUGUGUUAUGUCUGCCGGAAGGACAUCUCCCCUUCUUCCUCUGCCGACGACAAUAACGAUGAGGGGGAGGGACGGGAAGUCGGCUACCGACAUUUCUGUCCACAUUUUAGACCGGAAGGGGAUGGGAGGAAGUGUUCGCAGUGUGACAAGUGUAAUUUGUGGGAGCAGGAGGAUCAGGAUAAGGUUUUGGGACGGGCGAGGGAGGAGGCGACGAGGAGGUGGGUUGAGCAGGCUAGAAGGGAAGGGGUUAGUGAGGAGGAGGUGGAGAGGUUGUUGAGGGAGAGUGGGAUAGGCGAGGGGGGGUUAGGGGUGGGGGUUGCGGUGAUGCAGAAGUCGACAACGACAGAGAUUCAGCGCAUGAGGGCGAGGAGGAAAGGGUUAACGUUAGGGGAUGUGGCAGAGUGGAUUGCUGAGUGGUGGGUUGAUUAUGAGUAA